AUGAUUGUCCCACGCUACUUCUUGCUUUUCGCCGCGCUGUUGACACUCUUGGUGACAGCGCUACCCGCCACUGCUGAAUCACCAUUUCUGCAGUGCGCUGGUGGCUCGAUUUACUUUACCGCUCACACCAUAGACAGCCUGCUGUUCCAAAACCCAGACCUCUACCACGAUCUCUAUGUUUUCAAAUGCAUUACCACAGUCGUUCUUACUGCAGAUAGCGGCGGUGAAGCAGUCAAUCACACUCGUGUGCUAGAGCUUGAGCGCGGUCUCGAAAAUGCUUACAAGUUCAUGUCUGAUGCGUCGUCUGGUGAUGCAGAUGACAACCAGUCGGUGUCUGCUCUCACAGAGGCAACACCACGUGAGGCACUGCACGACUUCUUGAUUACGCGCCACGGAGCUGACCAACCUGUCACAGUUGCCAACGACACGACGACCCAGAUUGGGGAGCACACAGUCUCCGUCUCCCCACUUCUCGGACGCUCGAAUGUACAGAUCAUUUACCUUCGCCUUCCCCAGAGCGAAUACUCCGGGAAAGGAUACGAGGCGUAUUCUGAAGAGUCACUAGCGAAACUAUACAACGCAGACAUACCGCACAUCUCUACGACGGACGGAAAGGUCACCUACACUCUUCAGCAUCUAAAGGACAUCAUCGCAACGAUCAUCCGGGAUAGACGGGCAAACGACAUCCAUAUGCUGAACUACUUCGAAGCUCUCAACACCGAUGAGGGCGAUCAGCUCGACCAUCCCGACCGCAUUUUCUCUGCCAAGCUUGUGAUGAACGUCAUGGAGGGCAUGGGUUUCAAUGGAAAUGUCAAGGUAUACGCAAGCGACUCAUCACGCAUGUUGCGAAACAACCUCAACACACCAGACUACAUCAAGAAGGUCGAUGCAUUCUUCGAAUACGCUAAGCAUGAUCCUGAUAUGUGUCAGAGUCUUGAUGAGUGCGGUCAGAGGCGCCAGAACUUGGAUGUCUCCAAGACUAAAUACGCCGAGGUAGACCAUGUCGCCGAGUUUCUGAAGCGGGAAUACUACGUCGAAUAA